GAGAAGCGUGAUAAGGAGCGUUCUAAGGGUAAAACAUUAACUCAAGACAUCGAAAUGAUAGUUGCAAAAACGGAAACGGUCGAAGAAACAGCUACGGAGAAAGUUCCAAAGAAUGUUUCAGAAACUGCAACAGCACAGAAAGAUAUUUCUAUGGUGGUACAUUAUGACUUGAGCGCUUUGAUACCAUUUGCUUCACCUUUAGCAACUGAGGAAUUUACCCUAGAAUUAAUGCAAGUUGUGAGAAAAGCUUCAAGAAAAAGACAUUGUAGACGUGGUGUCAAGGAAGUAGUCAAAGCUCUAAAAAAAGGACAUAAAGGUCUUGUCGUAAUUGCUGGGGAUAUUUCACCUAUAGACAUAAUCACUCACAUCCCAAUACUAUGCGAAGACUUUAAUGUGCCUUAUAUUUACAUUCCAUCGAGAGCAGAUCUUGGAUUUGCCUGUGCUACAAAGCGUCCUACAAGUGUAGUGAUGAUUGUUCCUGACCUGAAGGAUGAAGAAGCUUUUGAUUAUAAAGAGCAUUAUAUGGAUUGCUACGAAAAAGCAAAAGAACUGACAUUUUAA